AUGCCAGGUAUGAACCCCUACGACGAAUUGAAACGCCAGUAUGCCGCGCAAGAAGACCACAUGAGAGAAGAGAUCGGGCUCCCGGCAUACUCGACUGCGGUCGACGAGUCAGCAAUUGAAGUGUCAGAGCCAAAGCCCGAUCCGAAGUUAGAGCCCAAGAACGAAUCCAGGAUGCAUUUCAGACAUGAUUCCAAGCUCGACUUCCAGUCUGAAUCCAAGCCCGACGCCAAAACAGAACGUCGGGGCUCAGCCGACGCACCAGAAGUGAUGAUUGACCCAACACCUUAUUCAUCGCUGCCCGAGGUUGUCGUCCAGGAGACCCCAUACACUUCACUACCUGAAGUCGUCGUUCCGGAGAAGGCGCCCAUGCGGAUGGCGUCGAACGGGUUCAGUCAGAUCGAAAGGAAUAACUCGUUUGGACCAAUGGAGCGAAAUGCCUCAUUUAAUCAGAUAGGCUCAAACAAUCCAUAUAAUCAGGCAUCGACGAAUAAUUCGUUCAAUCAGAUGUCGCUGGGUGGCUCGUUUGGACCGGUGCAGAAGGGGAAUCAGUUCAGUCCGAUGCAGCCGAACGCACAGUUCCAGCAGAUGCAACCGAAUCGUCAAUUUCAGCAGAUGCCGCCGAAUAAUCACUUUGGUCAGCUGCCUGCAAAUGGACCUUUCAAACCGAGUCCCGACAGCCAAUACACUUCCAUGGCUCCUGAGCAUGAGUUCAAUAAUGCCCAGUUGAAUCAAAUGCAACCGAACAAUCAAUUCAACCAGGUGCCACCGAAUGGACGUUUCAAAGCGACUCCCGAUAACCAAUUUAAUCAGAUGCAACCAAACGGCCAGUUCAACCCCAUGGGGCCAGAGAAUCGUUUCAAUCAAAUGCCACCAAAGAACAGCUUCAACCCAACGACACCAGCCAGCCAAUUCGGCCAAGGCACAUCAAAUAACUCCUUCGCCCCAAUGAAACCAGACAGCCCAUUCAAACCCAUCGAACCAGACAACAGGUUCCCUCCCCCAGCACAAGACACCCCAUACGGACCCAUGGGCCCAGACAACGUCGUCUUGCCCGCACCCCUAUUCGUUCCCCCAAAGAAUUCAGAAGCAGCCGAAUAUCACGCGGACGCCGCCGCAGCCCAGGGUGAGGGCGAAGCACCACCAGAAUACCAAAAUCGACCCAUCGCCAUUCCCGCCGUCGAUUCAGCAGCAGGAUCCCCCUCCUCCGCGCCUACGCCCCAAUCCUUCAUGAAUACAACAUCCCAAAGGACACCUUCCUCUCCUUCCUCGAUUCCCUCAACGACGCAAUGA